AUGGUGCUGCCAGAUCUAUCGAAACUGCACCUAAAUGGCCUCUCGAACGGCCAGGCACCCUGGGUCAAGGGCGCCGUGCCACCUGCCACAAUCCCGGACGACAUCCUUAACGACAAUGGCGACCGUUACAUGCAGAAACUCAAGGACUAUGCGCAAUCGCUGCCAUACUCCAUCGAACCGUAUUCCAGGAUGCUCGAAAUGCUCGACUUUAUCAUUCUUCGCAUCGUACAGUGCGUCGAGGCGAAGGAUUAUGAGGUCGGUCUGGUGCAGUGGGAUUCGAUGUUAAACUAUCAUUUGCAGUUUACUGACGCAGCCGCCAGCUGGACCACCCUCGAGUAUCCGAUUCCCAAGGACCGCAGGAUCUAUCUGGCCAAGCUGUACUACCAGCUAAGCUUGGUCCCCGGCAUGCCCACACAAGUUGUCGCCGUGUGCGCAGAUGGAUUCAAGUUGUUGACCAAGUCGAAAAACAAAAUCUCCAUCGAAGACAUGCGACUCCCUUGGAAGCCCAUCGACAAGAUCUUGCGCCAGGAUUUGUUCCUCAGUCGAAGGCAAUUCGAAUAUACGCAAACGUCAUGGUGCAUGGGCUACAUCGCAGAUAAUGCUCGACGGUUCUUCCACCCGGCCGCCAUCAAUGAAAUGCUCUCCACAUUCUUACCGUUAAUAGACGGCACGAAACUCGACUACUAUCUCCCUAUGAUAAUGCGACUCUGGGAGUCGAUUAAUUCCUACAUGUACGACGAACGACUACUCCAUUUCCUAGCCAAAUUGGCGGAAAUGCACGUCGACCCCACAGUUAGCGAUCCAAGACGAUUGGACUCAAUUCCAGACGACGAACGCUCGGAAGACGAAGGAAGGCCGAAUUGGCAGAAGGAGUCCCUACCCGAGGGCGCGAAGUGGAAUGGCGUAUAUAAAGAUGUGGGCAUCUUCACGGAGAGGCAAUGGAGUCACAUCAUGUGCAAGUGUUUGGGUUCCAUGGAUCUGAUCCUGGGUGUAGAAAUCCCUCUGGCGGACGGUGGUUCGUUGACCACAGGCCCAACCGCGGACAGUCAGGUUGGCUUUGAGAUUGGGAGGCUACCCAAACCCCAAUGGCGAAUCCCUUCGUUGGCUCGUAUAAUCGUCUAUUCAAUGGCACAAGACGGACCUAUGGUCCCCCCGUCGAACUUCCCUACCCCGAUGUUCUCUCCUUUGCCCACUUCUGGCAUCAACACUCCCCAGAUCCAGAACUCGACUCUGGGAGACUACCUUUCGGCGCCACUGAACAAGAAACCCAAUCCUCUACAAACUUACCUUGGAGGAUCACGCGCGUUGGAUUCGCUAGCGCGAUUGAUUGCUUCUACCGAAUCGUUCUUCCACCCUUCCAACUCUGGGUCAUGGACAGGAGAUUUGACCGCCUUCAUCAAAUACGUCGUUUACGAGUUCAACAAGCGUUGGUCGACUUGCACUUCGUCAUUCAUCAGAUGGCACGAGGAGCAGAAGCCGGAUUGCAAGACACCCAAACAUCGACGUCUUACCAAGUUGAUGAAGCGGGAGCUGGUCAAAUCGUUGCGAACUGUCACUCUGCUAGCGAUGUUCUCGCAGGAUUCGACCACGGUAUCGAAUGUCCAAAGCUGUCUCAAGUCGAUGAGUGUUCUGGAACCAGAUCUCAUCCUGGAACCCAUUUUGGAGCGUGCUGUUCCUUCGCUGGAGGCUCUCGUUGAGACCCAACGUACGAUUGCCGUCAUCAAAGCAUUAUGUGCUGUUGCGCCUGCCAUUGUGUCAAGAGAGGUGUACUACCCUGGCGCCAAGCAUCUGGUGCCUCUCCUUCAGCUGUUGAUUCCGGGGAUAGAUCUUAAUGACCCGUCGAAAACGCUUUGCACGACAGCCUUCAUUUCGGAAAUAGCCCAAUACAUCCAGAUUGGCGACCUAACAGCAUUCGAUGACCAAGGCUCGUCCAGUUCCUCGGAUGACGAUUCCUAUGACGGGCCACCCAGCGCUCGCCCAGGUCUUCCUACUCUUUCACUCGAUGAUGUGAACAGCGGGUUGGGCGAAGUUAUACUGGAUAAGUCAGAAGAGGAUGCCUUGUUGAAGGAAACGACAAGGAGCUUCCCUGACUGGGUUACCAGCUUCAUCCGCAGGGUUAUCUUACUUUUGGAGAACCUUCCGGAAGAAGGGCCGUCAGGAACUGCGGGUGGUGCUACCGAAGUGCAACUUGUUGACUCAGUGACGAGCGCGUGCAGUCAGAUCUGCGUGCACCUUUCUGAGCCCUUGUUCGACCUCGUUCUGGGGAUGGUGUUCGACUAUGCGAGCAACAACGUCCGAUCCAACGCUGUGCGCGCCAUCCAUCAGCUGGUUGAAUGUGUGGCCAAUGCCAACCCUGUCAAGACGUUGGCCCUGUUCUUCCCAUUCUGCGAACAGAAUAUCAGAACUGAGCUCGAGAAUGGGGCAAGUUCGUUGAGGACGACUUCCUCCUCCGCACCAUUGCCUUCGGACGCUACUCUUCAUUGGAACCUUGCUAUCCUUCGUGGAACUGUAUACAACGAUGGCAAAGCGAUUCUACCCUACAAGGAUAGACUUCUAUCCAUCCUCUGUCUCCUCCAUGAGAAGACAUUCUCUAAACGUGGAUACUCAUGGACGGGUAAACUGAUCUCCAGCUUAAUGCUUACCCUCACACAUACCUACCCGCUGGAGAACAAAUUCAUCAACCCUUCGGAGGCAUCCAGUUCAGAGUUCAAGAGGAAGCAUCACCUGUAUUGGGGUAAAUUGUAUCGCCCAGAUGAAAUCACCAUCGCAUGGCAUGUUCCCAGCGAAGAAGAGAUCGACUUUGCACUGGAGAUCUUCCGCAAGUUGGUCGAACCCACCCUUGUCUUAUUGGAGGGUCUCCUUAGGCCAGGGAUUGUCCGUGAUGCGAUUUGGAGGAAUGACUUCUGCCGCCACCUCACCUUAGUUCGCAAUGCAUUCUCCGGUAUUCCAACUCUCUUCAAGGAACACAUUUCUGCAGAAGAUGCAAAGUAUACGACCAUGACAACCGAUAUUCUAAACGAAAUCCCGGAAAUGAUUGCCUCUGUCGACCCUCUCAACUCUGGCUUCUCCUUGACGGACCCCGACGAUCCACGGUACCAGUACAUUGUGGGUGUCAAGAAAAGGUUCGGAGAUUUCCUCCACCGCGCAUCGACUUCUCUUCGGUCUCAAGGCGAAGAGAAUACCGUCGAUGCAGUUCAGAUCCUCGUAAGGUCUAUUCGAACGUACAUGAUGGAGUAUGGGGAUAGCCGGGACAGCUACUAUUUGAACGAAGAGCAAUACACUUCGGAGAAGAAUGUUGCACGACAGUACGCCGGACAAAAAGUUUGGCCCAGAGCCAUUUACGUUAGACGAGCUCGGUUUUACAAUGCUGCUCGCCUGCGUUGGAACUCAAUCGAGAGAAAGCGAGGGCCUAUAGAAGACAAAUUGAUAGACGACAUCGUCGAAUGGUCGCUGUGGCACUACUCCAGCGUUCGUCAGUCCAGCCAGUCGGUCUUGGAGAGUCUCUGUUCGGUGUACGAUGGUGUUCGGCGACGCGCUUUGCCUAUUCUCCAGAAUGCUCUGGAUCCAGGCAACGACGAUGACAGAAUGAAAGGUGCACUUUGGACCAUCAAUUUGCCUUCGUUCGGGAAAUAUGCCAUCACAGGUCUUAAUAGCUUUGUCGAGCCCUGUAAUCUGGUCUACAACGUAUCAUGCGCUAAGGUCGAGGAUGCCAUGGCCAAACUGCGUACCAUCGUCAAAGUGGAAGAGGAUGACCGGUUGGUUGUCAAGAAGUGCGAAGCCCAGAGGGUUCUUCGGGUCAAGACUAUCGAUGAUGCCAUGAAGGAGCUGACUUCCACCAUCAUUGAGAUUGGCGAAUCAGAAGAGACGCACUGGAAGUACUUGAUAUUCGCGACACGUUGCCUGCGUACCUUAGUUCGUCGUGAUGUCCCUGUCUCCCCUGAGCACUUCGAAUUCUUCCUAUACGCGGCCCAUGAUGACCAUCCUAACGUUCCAUCUGACCUCGCUAAUUAUGAUUCGCAGCGAUAUUAUGCACAAAGAGCUAUCAUGAAGAUUGCCAGAGCUAUCAAGUUGCGAACGUACUGCGCGGACGAUGUCGAUCUUGCUCUGGCCAAGGCGAGAAAUCCUCUCAAGAAGGAGGUUCCUGUCCACCCAAGCCCUGAUAUGACCGACAAGUUCCUGGACGCGUUUAAAACACCAGCGACCCCUGAGGAUCUUACAGUGCCACAACUGUACGAUUCGGAGCCUCCAGGUUGGUUGGUCUGGGGAAAGUCUGUUCCUUUGUACAGUCUUCCACACGCAACGAAGUCCACCUUCCAGCCUUGGGAUCCCAGUAGUUCGUCGACCAUCGAUACCCUCAGGGAAGUGGCCCUCGACUCGGCAUGGUGGGAGAAGCUUGUUAGCUACUAUUCCGAGGAGAACCACGAGACCACGAUCAUCCAGGACAACGUCUCAUGCAUCAAGUCUAUCUGUGAGUCCUCUAUCUUUCCUUCGUAUAUCGUAUUCACAUAUAGGAUACCAGUCCAGAUACUCGAGGACGAGCCAUUAGAGGUCUUCAAACCCCAUGUAGAGAAGUUGAUUGCAGACAAGGACCAGAACAAGCAGAGAGCUGCGGCGGAACUGCUUGCUGCUCAUUGGCCAAUGAACAAGCAAAAAGAUCUAUGGAAGUGGUUCAUUCCCUUCAUCCCGACGAUCUUGAAGAAAAAUAUCAAAUCGGACACUUUGUCAAUCUGGACCUCAUUUCUUGAAUACAUUUUCUAUAGGAAGGAUCCUCGCCGCGUGCAACCUUUGGUCGACUAUCUUGUCAGUUCAUUUAGGACCAUGGACUACAACCCUGAGAUGUCAUUCGAUGUCGUGAAAGUCAUCUCCCUCUGGCGUGCUUUCUACGAAGAACUUGGCCGGAAAUUCGUACCCUGGACAGACGAGACGGUGGAAAGAUCUUGGACUCAGAUCUCUAAUGAACACGACGACGUCCGAGCCUUCAUUGGAGAAAUUUUGGCGUUCUCGCAGAAUAUCAAGUGGCAACCCAGGCCUUCCCUCCAGACACCCGAGGUUUUCGUGAGAGAAUGUCAGGUUCUCCCAGCAGACCAUGAUAUCAUGGGUUUGCGAGGGACCUAUCACAAGGAUAGGGUGGCAGAAUUGGUCGAACGUUUCAAGGUCUGGCGGCAGCAGCGUGUCCCUGGUGUCCGUGCCUUCCAGUCAACAUACGAUCGUGUCGGAAUCACGGUCUGCAAAUGGUUAUAUCAAUCCAUUCACGACCUACACGCGGUCUCAACCUUCGACUAUAUCCUUCCCUUAAUGCCCGAGAUAUUCCGUUUCACAGAAGUCAAUGAUAACAAGGAACUCGCAAUCCGUGCUAACUCUCUACUGGUCCGCAUGUGCGGCGUAUCACCGCCAGUGCCACUGAUAAACCCCAUCCUUGGCGCUAUCUUCGACGCAAUCCAAUCGUCACCGUCAUGGCGAGUUCGUUUGAAGGCUUUGCCCCUUCUGCAAGUCUUCUACUUCCGACAGCUCCCUCUCAUCAGCGAAGUUAAGAUUGUGGAAAUGCUAGAGGUUCUUUGCCAAAGGCUCGAUGAUGAGGUGGUCGAAGUUCGCGAGAUGGCUGCUUCAACUUUAUCUGGAAUCUUGAGAUUAUCACCGAGGCGAAGUGUAUUGACGCUCAAGGACCGAUUUGUUCGGUUGGCUAAGAAUAGUCGCUUGGUGGAUCGUAACCACCCUAAUUACAACAAGGCCAUUCGACAGAGACACGCAGCUAUCCUCGGUAUCUGUGCCUUGGUGGACAGUUACCCCUACACGGUGGAAAAGUGGAUGCCAGAGUUGCUGACCUCUGUCCUCGCUGAGCACACUUACGACCCGAUCCCCAUCUCCACGACGGUUCGCAAGUGCGCUAGCAACUUCAAGAAGACACACCAGGAUACAUGGCACGAAGACUGCAAGAGAUUUACUGACGACCAGUUGAUUGCUCUAUCAACACUCUUGACUGGUUCAUCUUAUUACGCGUAG